CGCGUCGCCCCGGCUCCCCCGGGGCCGCCGGCCGGAGGAUGGACGAAGAUGGACCGCGAGCGGCCGAGGAGGAUCCGGAGCCGGGCAGAACCAAGACUUUCAUCCGCCUUAAUGACCUGUCCGGGGCCGGGGGCCACCCGGGGCCAGGGGCCAGGGAGGCGGGCAGCGGCGACUCGGAGGCAGAGGCGCUGCCCUACCCGGCGCUGGCUCCCGUCGUCUUUUUCUACCUGAGCCAGGAGAGCCGCCCGCGGAACUGGUGCCUCCGGCUGGUCUGUAACCCGUGGUUUGAGAGGGUCAGCAUGCUGGUGAUCCUGCUCAACUGUGUGACGCUGGGCAUGUUCCACCCAUGCGAGGACAUCGCCUGCGACUCGUCACGCUGCAGGAUCCUCCAGAGCUUUGAUGACUUCAUCUUUGCCUUCUUUGCUGUGGAAAUGAUCGUCAAAAUGAUCGCGCUGGGGAUUUUUGGGAAGAAAUGCUACCUGGGAGACACAUGGAACCGCCUGGACUUCUUCAUUGUCAUUGCAGGGAUGCUGGAGUAUUCUCUGGACCUGCAGAAUGUCAGCUUCUCAGCCGUCCGCACCGUCCGAGUCCUGCGGCCACUCAGGGCCAUUAACAGGGUCCCCAGUAUGCGUAUCCUGGUGACGCUGCUUUUGGACACACUGCCCAUGCUAGGGAACGUCCUUCUCCUCUGCUUCUUUGUCUUCUUCAUCUUUGGCAUUGUGGGAGUCCAGCUGUGGGCAGGUUUGCUCAGGAACCGCUGCUUCCUCCCUGAGAACUUCAGCAUCCCCUACACGGUGGAUUUGGAGCGGUACUACCAGACAGAGAACGAAGAUGAAAAUCCCUUCAUCUGCUCCCAGCCCCGGGAGAAUGGGAUGCGCUACUGUCGGAGUAUCCCAACACGGAGGGAAGAGGGUCUGGAGUGCACCCUGGAUUAUUAUUCCUACAAUGACACCACUAACACGUCUUGUGUGAACUGGAACCAGUACUACACCAACUGCUCUGCUGGGGAGCACAACCCCUUCAAGGGAGCCAUCAACUUUGAUAACAUUGGCUAUGCCUGGAUUGCGAUAUUUCAGGUCAUCACGCUGGAAGGCUGGGUGGACAUCAUGUACUUUGUCAUGGAUGCACACUCCUUCUACAACUUCAUCUACUUCAUCCUCCUGAUCAUUGUGGGCUCCUUCUUCAUGAUCAACCUGUGCCUGGUGGUUAUAGCAACGCAGUUCUCUGAGACAAAGCAGCGUGAGAGCCAGCUGAUGAAGGAGCAGCGUGUGCGCUACCUGUCCAACGCCAGCACCCUUGCCAGUUUCUCAGAGCCAGGCAGCUGCUAUGAUGAGCUCCUCAAGUACCUGGUUUACAUUGCCCGGAAAGGCAGCAAGCAGCUGGUGAAGGCCUACAGGGCAGCAGGCGUGAGGAUGGGCUUCCUCAGCAGCCCCACCAGCAAGGCGGGGGCUGAGCAGCAUGCCAGGAAGCGCAGGAGCAGGAAGAGAUCCUCUGUGCACCAUCUCAUCCACCACCAUCACCACCACCACCACCACUACCACCUAGGCAAUGGGAACCUGCGAGCACCUCAUGCCAGCCCAGAGAUCAGUGAUGUGGAGACCAGCUCACUCCACAAUGGGACCAACCGACUGAUGCUCCCUCCCUCGGCACCCAACUCCCUGGGAACCCCCAGUGCCUCUCCCAGCAACACAGAGUCUGUGCACAGCAUCUACCACGCCGACUGUCACUUUGAGCCAGUGCACUACCGGUCAUCUCUGACACAGCCAAGCCUUGGCUUGCCAAGCCCAGAAGGGAUCCCCAAGAACAUGGUGGGCAGCAAGGUGUACCCCACAGUGCACUCCAGUACCUCCCAUGAGAUGUUGAAAGAGAAGAACCUUGGGGAGGCAGCAGUGGGUGCUGGAAGCAGCACCUUGACAAGCCUUAACAUCCCUCCUGGGCCGUACAGCACCAUGCACAAGCUUCUGGAGACACAGAGCACAGGGUUCUUUUCAGUCCAUGUUACAGAGAAAGGCGAUGGCUUUCCAGGUCCCUGUCAAAGCUCUUGCAAGAUCUCCAACCCCUGUACCAAGCUGGAUGGUGGCUCCUGCACCCCCGAGAGCUGCCCUUACUGCCUCACGGCACUGGCGGGUGAGGCCGAGCUGUCAGACAAUGAGACAGCUGACUCAGACAGCGAGGGAGUCUACGAGUUCACACAGGAUGCCCACUACAGUGACCAGCGGGACCCACAAAGGGGCAAAACCCAGGCCAGGAGAGCCCACCUGGUGCUGGCCUUCUGGCAUGUGGUGUGUGAGACCUUCCGGAAGAUUGUGGACAGCAAAUAUUUCGGCCGUGGGAUUAUGGUGGCCAUUCUCAUUAACACGCUCAGCAUGGGGAUCGAGUACCACGAGCAGCCGGAGGAACUUACCAAUGCCCUGGAGAUCAGCAACAUCGUCUUCACAAGCCUCUUUGCCCUGGAGAUGCUGUUGAAAGUCCUUGUUUAUGGUCCUUUUGGCUACAUUAAGAAUCCAUACAACAUCUUUGAUGGGAUCAUUGUGGUGAUUAGUGUGUGGGAGAUCGUGGGCCAGCAGGGCGGGGGGCUCUCGGUCCUGCGCACCUUUCGUCUCAUGCGGGUGUUGAAGCUGGUCCGCUUCAUGCCAGCCCUGCAACGCCAGCUUGUUGUCCUCAUGAAGACCAUGGACAACGUGGCCACCUUCUGCAUGUUGCUGAUGCUCUUCAUCUUCAUCUUUAGCAUCCUGGGCAUGCACCUCUUUGGCUGUAAGUUCGCUUCAGAGCGGGAUGGUGACACUCUGCCUGACAGGAAGAACUUUGACUCCUUGCUCUGGGCCAUUGUCACGGUUUUCCAGAUUUUGACCCAGGAAGACUGGAACAAGGUCCUUUACAAUGGCAUGGCCUCCACCUCAUCCUGGGCUGCUCUCUACUUCAUCGCUCUCAUGACGUUUGGGAAUUAUGUUCUCUUUAAUCUGCUGGUGGCCAUCCUGGUAGAGGGUUUCCAGACAGAGGAGAUCUCCAAGCGAGAAGAAGCGAGUGGGCAGUUAAGCUGUAUUCAGCUGCCUGUCAACUCGUCGGGGGGUGAUGCUUCCAAGUCUGAUUCUGAGGGGGAUCUCUUCCCUCGCAGUCUGGAAGAGGAGGGAGAACUUAAGAAAAACUUGUCAAAUCCAGCCUUGACGGCCCUGAACGACCACCCGGAGUUGAAGAAGAGCCUGACCCCGCCGCUCAUCAUCCACACAGCCGCCACGCCCAUGCCCAUGCCCAAGAGUGCCGUGUUCGGGGACACGGCGCAGGGCUACGAGUCCCGCCGGGCCAGCGGUGUCUCCGUGGACCCCGUGGCCGCCUACGAGCUCAAGUCCCCGCCCAGCACCCGUAGCUCCCCGCACAGUCCCUGGCGUGCCAGCAGCUCUUGGAACAGCCGCCGCUCCAGCUGGAACAGCAUCGGCCGGGCCCCCAGCCUCAAGCGCCGGGGGCAGAGCAGCGAGCGCAGGUCCCUCCUGUCCGGGGAGGGGAAGGAGAGCUCUGAGGAAGGAGACAGCUCGGAUGAGGAGCACUGCAGCCGGGCCAGCAGCUUCAAUGGCUCUUUGCCUCACCGCAUGGAGUCGCUGGAAACGAAAGGGUCCUUUGACCUCCAGGAUACUCUGCAGGUGCCUUCCCUGUACCGGACCAGCAGUAUGCACAGCACCAGAACGUCUCUCUCCGAGCACCAGGACUGCAAUGGGAGGACCUCUCCGGGUCUGCUGCUGCACCAGCUCCACCUGGAUGAGCCCCACCAGGAUGGUGAUGACGGCGAUGAUGAAGGCAAUAUGAGCAAAAGGGACCGCAUGAAGGCCUGGGUACAGGCACGGCUCCCCACCUGCUGCAAAGAGAGGGACUCCUGGUCCAUCUACAUCUUUGCCCCUCACUCCAGAUUCCGUCUGAUGUGCAAUAAAAUCAUCACUCACAAGAUGUUUGAUCACGUCGUCUUGGUGAUCAUUUUCCUGAACUGCAUUACCAUUGCCAUGGAACGACCCAAAAUCGAGCCUCACAGCGCUGAACGGAUUUUCCUAACACUCUCCAACUACAUCUUUACAGUCAUCUUCCUGACUGAGAUGACAGUUAAGGUGGUGGCACUAGGCUUGUGUUUUGGGGAGAAAGCCUACUUGAAGAGCAGCUGGAAUGUGCUGGAUGGGGUGCUGGUGCUCAUCUCUGUCAUCGACAUCCUGGUCUCGAUGGUGUCAGACAGCGGCACGAAAAUCCUGGGGAUGCUGCGUGUUCUGAGGCUGCUGAGGACACUGCGGCCCUUGAGAGUCAUUAGUCGAGCUCAAGGACUGAAGCUGGUGGUGGAGACUCUCAUGUCAUCCUUGAAACCCAUUGGGAACAUUGUGGUCAUCUGCUGUGCUUUUUUCAUAAUCUUCGGGAUCCUGGGAGUUCAGCUUUUCAAAGGCAAGUUUUUCAUCUGCCAGGGGGAGGACACCAGAAACAUCACAAAUAAAUCGGAUUGUACAGAAGCAAGCUACAAAUGGGUCCGGCACAAGUAUAAUUUUGAUAAUCUCGGCCAGGCCCUGAUGUCUCUCUUUGUCCUGGCCUCCAAGGAUGGGUGGGUGGAUAUCAUGUACGAUGGCUUGGAUGCCGUGGGAGUCGAUCAACAGCCAGUCAUGAACUACAAUCCAUGGAUGCUCCUCUACUUCAUUUCCUUCUUGCUGAUUGUGGCCUUCUUCGUCCUCAACAUGUUUGUGGGGGUGGUGGUGGAGAAUUUCCACAAGUGUCGGCAGCACCAGGAGGAGGAAGAAGCCAAGAGGCGGGAGGAGAAGAGGCUCCGCCGGCUGGAGAAAAAGAGAAGGAGUAAGGAGAAACAGAUGGCUGAUCUAAUGCUGGAUGAUGUAUUAAUGGAGAGCUCAGCCAGUGCAGUGCAAGAAGCUCAGUGUAAGCCCUACUACUCGGAUUACUCCCGUUUCCGCCUCCUGAUUCACCAGAUGUGCACCAGCCAUUACUUGGAUCUGUUCAUCACCGGCGUCAUCGGUCUCAACGUCAUCACCAUGGCCAUGGAGCACUACCAGCAGCCAAAGGUUCUUGACGAAGCCCUGAAGAUUUGCAAUUACAUCUUCACUGUUAUAUUUGUCCUGGAAUCUGUUUUCAAACUUAUUGCCUUCGGGUUUCGCCGUUUCUUCCAAGACAGAUGGAACCAAUUAGAUCUGGCAAUUGUGCUGCUAUCUAUCAUGGGCAUCACUUUGGAAGAGAUCGAGGUGAAUGCUUCACUACCAAUUAACCCCACGAUUAUCCGGAUCAUGAGGGUUCUCAGGAUCGCUCGAGUGCUGAAGUUGCUGAAGAUGGCUGUGGGGAUGAGGGCCCUCCUGGACACCGUGAUGCAAGCACUGCCGCAGGUUGGGAAUCUGGGCCUUCUCUUCAUGUUGUUGUUUUUCAUAUUUGCAGCUCUUGGAGUGGAGCUGUUUGGAGACCUUGAGUGUGAUGACACACACCCCUGCGAGGGGCUGGGACGGCACGCCACAUUCAGGAACUUUGGGAUGGCCUUCCUGACCCUGUUCCGAGUAUCCACAGGAGACAACUGGAAUGGGAUAAUGAAGGACACGCUGCGUGACUGUGACCAGGAGUCCACCUGUUACAACACCGUCAUUUCCCCCAUCUACUUCGUCUCCUUUGUGCUGACAGCCCAGUUUGUCCUAGUGAAUGUGGUGAUUGCGGUGCUCAUGAAGCACUUGGAGGAGAGCAACAAAGAGGCAAAGGAGGAGGCAGAGCUUGAAGCAGAACUGGAGAUGGAGAUGAAGACCAUCAGCCCUGGCCAGCACAGCCCCUCGGCCAUCUUUGCGUGGACAGGCACCACCAGUGGAGAGAGACCUGAGAGCCCCUGCGGAUUUACAAAUCCCAUGCAAAUCAAGGUGGAUUCUCAGCUCUCACUAGCUUAUCAUAUGGAAAGGCACUUGUUUGAUACCAUAUCACUGCUGAUCCAGGAGUCUCUGGAAGGAGAGCUGAAGCUGAUGGACAACCUGUCAGGCUCUGUGUGCCAUCAUUAUGCCCUCCCAGCUCCCGAAUAUUACAACUCUGAGAACCAGAUCCCUCUAGCUGAGAUGGAGGCUCUGUCUCUGACGUCAGAUAUUCUCUCUGAAAAGUCCUGGUCCUUAGCUCUGAUGGAUGACUCUUUUCCUGAUGACAUUAAAACACACUUACUUAAUGCUCUGGAAAGCAAUGCUGAUCUCCGCUCCAAGGACGACACACUGACCCUGUCCCCCAGCAAGGACCUGCUGAGCGUGAGGAAGCCCUCGGUGGGACGCACCCACUCCUUGCCAAAUGACAGCUACAUGUUCCAGCCACCCUACUCCAGCCCCUGCCCCGCUUCCCUGGGUGACAGGAAGCCGGCACAUCACAAGUCCCAAUCAGGUUCAAAGGCGUCAGUGCAGUCACAGCCGGCAGACACCAGCUCCCUCCUACAAAUCCCAAAGAACCAUUUCCACCAUGUAAGAGCUCACAACCAUUUGGUGCAGGAGAGCAAGCCCCAGGUCUCCCAGCAGGUGCACUCUCCUUCUGCUGAAAGGCUGCUCCGCAGACAGAUGGCUAUAAGGAACGACUCUCUGGAUAGCAAGGAGAAUCUCCACACUGAGGUGAGUGAACUCUCUGACCCAAAUGUUCCCACUGUGCCCAAGGAGGAGUCACCAGUGGCUCUGAUGCCCUCAGAAGCAAAUGAGUUGGCUGCCUGGAGUCGGGCGAGCGUCCAUACGCAGCAGCAUUCCCACAAUCAGUAUAAUAUUUCAAAGCAGGCACCAGCAUCCUGUGCUUGUGCAGACUCGUAUCAGGAGAUCCCUGAAGAUUCAGUGGACCAAGAAGUAUCUGAAAUAAACAGCUCCACAGAGCCUUUCACUUCAGAAACUUGUACAGCCUCGAGUGCCUGUUCAGAGGGUCAGCCUCUCACACCUAAGAGGAACGUGGGCAAUACCGGCAACGUGAUACUGAAGGACCUGAAGAAAUACCACAGUGUAGACACCCAGGGUCUGCUAAAAAAGCCACCCUCUUGGUUGGAUGAUCAAAGGAGACACUCAAUAGAGAUUUGUUCCAUAGAAAACAGCCCUCAGCACCAUUCCACAUCCAGCUCCUCUGGCUUUAUAAGUCAGGUGGUCAGUGAAAUGGAAUGCUUGCAAGGUACGCGGCAGAAGAAGAAACUGAGCCCUCCUUGUAUAUCUAUAGAUCCACCUGAUGGGCAGAGUUUGGUACCUAGGGGACCCCACAGCAUCUCACCUGCCAGUGGAGACAUUUGCUUGAGGAGGCGUGCUCCAUCCUGUGAGUCCAAGGAUUCAAUGGAUAUAGGGGAUUCACUGCUUCCAGACAGUAUGUCAACAUCUCCUACCCCAAAGAAAGACUUAUUGACACUUCCUAGCUUUUCCUUUGAUCAAACGGAAAUGGACCCCUGAGUUACUUUUCUGUUGGUGCCAAAUGUCUUCUUCCUUUCAUGUAAUAGAAAAAAAAAAAAUUUAAAAAACCUCUGUACUCCAAAAUGGCACUGGGUAAAAAUUUCCAAAGAAAGAUUAAAGAACCAGCUGGUUAAAAGAGUGGUUAACCUAUAUCACGCUUACUUAAGCAUAUGUGCUGCUUAGGUAAAAGCAAUACAAUGUGCAGAAUCUAUAUGUAUAUUAUAUUUUAUUAAAUUAAUUGAAUCUAGUAUUGCGGGAUGUAGUACAUUUUGUGACUAAAGACUCAUUUAAUUUUCUUCUAUUUUAUGCAUCUCAGAAUAUUUCUGAGAUAAAGUUGGUUUUUACAAAUAUUUUAACCUAAAAAUAUAUAUUUAAUCCCUUA